UCGCGUACCAAGGCAGAUUGGAAGAACAAGAAGCCCUGCUAGCUCGCAGCAACUGGAAAAGAUAAAACUUCACUUUAAUUCCCACGAUAAAACUUGUAAAUUGCAUCCUGCUGGCAGUUUGAUAGAAAGUUUCGAUAUUCCCGGAGAAGAACUGCUCUCAGCUAUAAAGAUUGGUGGAGAAAUUCAUUGCGACGGAAGUUCGGUAACUGGCUAAGUUUUCUGACCCCGUGCGAAAAGGAUUAAUCAUUGUGACAAGUCAGUGACGAUGAGUGCAUGAAUGGCUGCUGCUCGAUAGCUACCUACGGAAAAAAAUAUUCUAAGGAAAAUAAUUAAUUAUUAACUUAUUGGGGCUGGUUCCUUUCCGGAAGCGAGUCACGGCAAAGAACUGUCCGUCGGAGGAAGAUUGCUUAACCAGGUUUAACGCUAAGCUAUAACUAGAAGUUGUGAGAACAUACAUAUUCGGAGCUAGAAUUAGCUACAUUUGAAGUGCAAACUAUACAUCAUUUCAAGAUGAGCCGCAAAAAUGAAACCGAACGACAGAAGCAGAUCCAGGAGAAGUGCCAACUGCUGCUGACCAAGAUGCUGCGCGAUGACGACAACAAGUAUUGCGUGGAUUGCGACGCCAAGGGUCCCCGGUGGGCCUCUUGGAAUCUCGGGGUGUUUCUGUGCAUCCGUUGUGCCGGCAUCCAUCGGAACCUAGGGGUGCACAUAUCCCGGGUGAAAUCGGUGAACCUGGACAGUUGGACGCCGGAGCAGGUGGUAUCACUGGAGCAGAUGGGCAAUAGCAGAGCACGUGCUGUUUACGAGGCCCUCCUACCAGAUGGGUUCCGGAGACCGCAAACGGAUUCAGCUCUAGAAAGCUUUAUUCGGGCCAAGUACGAACAGAAAAAAUACAUUGCACGGGAGUGGGUGGCCCCACCCCCACCCAAGGUAGACUGGGACAAAGAGAUCGACGAAGAAAUCGAGCGGCAGAAGCGCAAAAAGAAAGCUGUCGCAAGUGGAGGAGGCAGUGGUGGAUUAUCGCUAGGUAGCGCGGCGUCGUCUUUGAACUCAAGCUAUGCUAGCGCGGAGAAAAAGGUGUCCUCGUCGUCCGGUCUAGGAUCUUCAGGGGCAGCUUCGGUUCCGAAACUGAAAGCUCCCGCCAGCAGUAGCAAACCUUCGAACAGAAAUUCUUCGGAGUCGGCUGGAAACGUGAGUGGGAGCAGCAGUCAGGGAACGUCCGAUCUACUGGGAUUGUCUUUGGGACCUGACACCAGUCCUCAACCUGUUAGUAAGGGCAAAGCCAAUGGUGAAGGUUCAUUGAGUGAUAUUUUGUCUGGUAUGAGUGGUCUAGAACGGCCAAAUGAAAAAGUUGCGGGUGGCGAUGAUUUCUCAAAUUUGGCCAAAGAGGAGGCAGAUUUUUUCAAUCAAUCUACCAGUCAAGCUGGAGAAUUGCAAGGGAAACUUACAAAGGAUAAAAUCUUGGCUCUGUACGGUUCUGCACCAACCGGAAUUAUGAAUAACAACUUCAACGCCAAUAUGGGAGGAUUUGGAAACUUUAACAGCUUCCAACCUAAUGCUUUUCCCCAAGCUGCCGGUGCGAAUCCUUAUCAGAUAAACAAUGGCAUGCCAGCAGCGAUGCCCCAGAACAUGGCCGGCGGUUUUGGUGCUUUCCAAGCGUUCCCGGCAGCCAAUGGAGGUCAGUUUUUGCCGGCGGCCGGCGUUAGCCAACCGGCCUUAUUCAACAACGGAGCAUUUGCGGCGGCGCCAGGUCAAAUGCAACCGCAACCAGUUGGUUUCGGUGCAGCCCUGCCCCAUCAACAUCAACCCCUUCAUCAGUUCCCGGUGGCAAAUCCCCAACAAGGUCAACAACAUCCAGCGACAAGUGCUUUCGGAGCAGCGACGAUACCCACCACUGGAAACGCAUUUGCCAACUUUCCCCCGCAGAACGCUUCCCAAAUGCAACCCGACAAGCUAAGCAAUCAAUUCGGAAACAUGAAUUUACGAGACGUGUGGCAAUAAUACAAUACUUUUAGGUAUGUUUGCGACUAGUAGUAUGAUGAUGAUAGAAGAAAAGCGACAAAUCGCAUGUAUUGUUUUUUAGACGAGUUAUGAGUUAUAUCGAGAGGAAUGUUUACUUCCCAACGUACAGCAAAUUUAUGCAUAUUAAAUUCAGAUAGCAAAUUAUAAAGAAUGAAAAACGGAAAAAUACUUAUUCAAACGGUAAAGCAAGGAAAUUACAGAACCUACCUUAAGAAAGAAUUUCGUAAAGAAAGUAUAUUUACUUAUAUAUUUUAAUACUUAAAACAACUGAACGAAGCGUUUAGUAAAAUUGAAAAACUGAAUGACGCAUCAUAAUCACAUUCUAUAUAAACCCGACUAAAAGAAUAUCUCAGAAAUAGUAGAUGCAAUCAAGUAUUGUGAACGCUAAAGAAUGUUUGUUUUUUUUUAUACCUAGCUACUUUAUAUGCUGAGUUGAAUGGUUUCAAAUGAAAGAAAUAUUUUUGAUCUGCACUGAAAAAAAAUCUUUUUUCCUUUUUUUUUAUAUUUCACGCGUAAGCGCUUGAUUUAUGAGUGUUACAUGUUUGAGCAAUCACAAUCCUACACAAGCUGGCAUUAUUGUUCUAUUGCAAUUUAAUCGAUGGGCACUUAUAUUGUAAUAUGUACAAGCAACACAACAAAACUAAAACUAAUAAUCAAUUGGGUUACUACUAGGGAAACCUCUGUAAUUAUCAUAUAGUGGAAACAAUCAAUUCAUGAAAGCAAACAUCCGCUACAAAAAUCCUCGCGUUCGAACAUUCAGAUCAUGUAAAAGAAUCAAAUUUCGACUGUGCGAAUUGUGAAGGGUUAUAAAAAAAAGAAAAACAAGAGUACUACAGCAUAGCGUUUAUCUAAACUACGAAAUAGUAUAAGAGACUUUAAAAAGAGAAGGUGAAUAGUUCACCGAAACACUCGGAGGUAUCGAUACAGAGGAAAACAGAAAUGUGCAUGUUAAGUAUUUGGAGCAGUGAAAUAAAAAUUUAGAUAAUGCUGAAAAAUGAUUCAAUUUAACAAGUGAUGAGUGCAAAAUUUUCGUUAUCCUGUAUUAUUAUGAGUAUAAACAUGAGCUAAAAUGAAAUUUGAAAAAAAAAAGUAAAAAACAUUUAUAUUCCGACAAUUGAAUGUAAUUUAAAAUUAACGAAAACAAAAAUGUAUAACGUGGUAUAACGUGGAAUAAAACAUAAGGUAAAUAAAUAGGAAAAUUUAACUA